AUGAGCACCGGUAAUGGCGGCCGUGCCGUCGAAGACGCCCGGCUGAAGCCGUUCCUGGCCUCGUCCAUCUUCGUCGUGCCCUGGAUCUCCUGGCAGGCCUGGGUCCUGGGCGUGACCUUUCGGCAGAGACGCGGCAAGCUCGUGGCCGACAAGGUCGGCGGUGCAUCCACCACAGAGACCGCUCCUGGAGCUCCAUCGCCCCGCCAGCGACCAUGGCGGCCGGUCAUCUUCGUCAUGGGCGUCUCGCUGCUCUUCAUCGCCGCCCAGGCCUGGCUUCGCGGCGUGCUGGUCUACGUGCCCGAGCCGUACCUGGAUGAGGUGUUUCAUAUCCCCCAGGCUCAAAAGUACUGCCACGGCCGGUGGCUCGAGUGGGACGACAAGAUCACCACGCCUCCUGGACUCUAUCUCUUUUCGGUGCUCUACCAGGGCUUUUGGAAGGCCGUGGACGGGUCUUCGGUCUGGGCCCUCCGCGGCGCCAACAACAUUGCCAUCAUGCUCGUAGCCAUUGCGGCCUGCUCCUGUCGCUCCGAGCUAGAGCACCAGGAGCAGCAGCGGCUCGAGAUGGUGAUGACAGCCAGCCGCACUUCCACCACGUCGUCACAUCGACCGCGCAAGCUCGCCGACAGCAUGUUCUCGCUGUACGCCUUCCACACCGCCCUCAACCUCGCCCUCUUUCCCGUCCUCUUCUUCUUCUCGGCCCUCUACUACACCGACGUCUACUCAACCCUCGUCACGCUCGUGGCCUAUCGCGUCCACCUGUUUCGCCGCCAGUUUGCUACCGUCCCCCAGCCCGUCUCCCCGCCGCUCUGGAGUGGCCUCCUGGCCGUCCUGCUCGGCCUCGUCACCCUGCUCAUGCGCCAGACCAACGUCUUCUGGGUCGUCGUCUACAUGGGCGGCCUCGAGGCCGUUCAGGCCAUCAAGAGCCUGCGGCUCCGACCCCAGGUCCCACAGCCUCCGCUAGACGAGGCUGUCUUCGCUUCGCCUAUAGCCAUAGCUUCGCACUACGCUCAGCAAUAUACCCUCGGCGACAUCCACGACCCGCCCAUUGGCGAGUCCUGGCCUGAUGGUCGGUUUUUCCUCGUCUUUUUCUUCGUCUUCUUCCUCUCCUUUCUGGCCGUCUCUCUUGCUGACUCAGCAGACUGGGUCCUGACUCUGCUAAGUGUCGGCAUCGCCGUCCUCUGCAACCCGCUCCGCAUACUGCGGCACGUGUGGCCAUCGAUGCUUGUCCUGGGCCUUUUUGCCGGCUUCGUCGCCUGGAACGGAGGCGUGGUGCUGGGCGACAAGUCCAACCACGUGGCUACGCUGCAUCUCGCACAACUGCUCUACAUCUGGCCGCUAUUUGCCUUCUUCUCAGCGCCGCUCUUUGUGUCCCAUGCGGUCGCUUACGCCCAUCAUGCGUGGGCUGUCGCCACUGGUGCGACAACGCAACAGACGGAUAAGGACGAGAGCCGGGACGGUCUCGUCGCAGCGGCUGCAGCCUCGGCCACCCAGACCGGCAGCCCAGCCAUGCGUCUGCUGUCGGUCGUCUUUGUCCGAAAGGCUUACUAUCCCGCGUACCUCUUGGCCGUGCUGGUCGCCAUGCUCGCCAUCGUCCGCUACAACACCAUCGUGCACCCGUUCACCCUCGCCGACAAUCGCCACUAUAUGUUCUACGUGUUCCGAUAUACCAUCCGGCGGGCGGGCUGGCUCCGCUUUGCGCUCGUGCCCGUGUAUGCAGCGACUAGCUGGGCCUGCUGGCGUGUUCUCUGGGGCUGCAGUGCGUCCGGUCGCCUCGGUGGAUCAGGGAACGCGUGCUCUGUCAGCUCACCGUUUUCAAGACCGGCGCCGCAAUCAGUUGAGCCGGCUCCUCUGCCGACGGCCAGUGAUGAAGACAAGGGGAACGAGAAAGCAGCACCGCGUUCAACAAAAAAGAUCAAGCAAAAGCUGGCAGCAGACCGAAAGGCACAACAGGCUAGCAAGAAGGCGGCGGCAGAAACGGCAGACGCUGACGACAGCACUUCUGCCACCGACCUCGACGAGCAACAUCCAGUAUUUGUCAGCCUCCUCGACGAGGAGCCGGCAGCAAGUGCAGCAAUGACGCCACCAGCAACAUCGACAGCGCUGCUGUGGCUCCUGGCUUCAGCUCUAUCGCUGGUGACGGCACCGCUGGUCGAGCCGCGGUAUUUCAUCCUGCCGUGGGUCUUCUGGCGGCUGCUGGUUCCGGCUGUUCCCAUUGUAGCCUCGCCCAAGACAGCCGGUUUCCUCGCCUCUCUGGGACGCAAGGUAGACGGGCGGCUCGCCCUCGAGACACUCUGGUUCCUGGCCAUCAACGUGGCCACAAUGUACAUGUUCCUGUUCCGUCCGUAUGUCUGGCGGGCAGAGGAUGGCAGCCUACUCGAUCAUGGACGAUUGCAGCGCUUCAUGUGGUAG